GCGGCGGCGGCGGCGGCAGGCGGCGGCAGGCGGCGGGAGCUGGCGGCGGCGGCCAGUACGGAGGUGGAGGCGGAGGCCGAGGCCGAGGGGAUUGUCUGCCGGUCGCCGCGGAGAGGCGUGCGAAGGCCGAGGCCGGCCCCGAGGACCCCACUGCCCCCGCCCGGCCGCCAGCCCCACGCUCUUCUCUGGCAGCCGCGGCUGCGCGGCGACUCCCCCACCCCUCCAGCUCCCCUGCCCACCCGACCUCCCGCAGCCUUCCUCCUCUUCGCUUCGCGCCCGGCCCGGCCCGGCCGUGGCCUCCUCGGUGCCGGCCGCCAUGGCAGAGGCGUCCGGCGCGGGGGAAAUCUAGCCCGGGGAUUUCAUGCGGCCUAGCUUGGUUCCGUCUCCUGCCCCCGCGGCUCCGGCGGCUGCCCGCGUCCCAGCCCCACUCCGGGCCUCCGUGUCUCUCCUGUGAUCGUACUGACACGGCCGGGGGGUUAGAAUGGAACAAACUGAAGAAAUUGCCAAACAGUGAAAAUUCCAGUUUUCAAAAAUCAGCAUAGCUGGUUCAUUGCUGUAGACUGUCUGCAUGCACUCCAUUCCUGUUACUAUAGAAACACGCAUAGACUGGAUUUAUCAUAAACCUUGAGAAAUGUUCCUUGUAACAGUUCACAUAAAGAAACAUCUGGAUCCCUUGUUUAUCUUGAGGCCCUAUGAGAGAAAGGGAAAGUUAAGGAUGCUGGAGCAGAACAAUGGAUUUCUCUUUCUCUUUCAUGCAAGGGAUCAUGGGAAACACAAUUCAGCAACCACCUCAACUCAUUGACUCAGCCAACAUCCGUCAGGAGGAUGCCUUUGAUAACAACAGUGACAUUGUUGAAGAUGGUGGCCAGACACCAUAUGAACCUACCUUGCAGCAAGGCUUUCCAUACCCACCUACAGCAGAGGAUCUUCCUCCGGUCACAAAUGGCUAUCCAUCCUCAAUCAGCAUGUAUGAAACUCAGACCAAAUACCAGUCAUAUAAUCAGUAUCCCAAUGGGUCAGCCAAUGGCUUUGGUGCAGUUAGAAACUUUAGCCCUGCUGACUAUUACCAUUCAGAAAUUCCAAACACAAGACCACAUGAAAUUCUGGAAAAACCUUCUCCUCCACAGCCACCACCUCCUCCUUCGGUACCACAAACUGUGAUUCCAAAGAAGACUGGCUCACCUGAAAUUAAACUAAAAAUAACCAAAACUAUCCAGAAUGGCAGGGAAUUGUUUGAAUCUUCCCUUUGUGGAGACCUUUUAAAUGAAGUACAGGCAAGCGAGCACACAAAGUCAAAGCAUGAAAGCAGAAAAGAAAAGAGGAAAAAAAGCAACAAGCAUGACUCAUCUAGAUCUGAAGAGCGCAAGUCACACAAAAUCCCCAAAUUAGAACCAGAGGAACAAAAUAGACCAAGUGAGAGGGUUGACACUGUAUCAGAAAAGCCAAGAGAAGAUCCAGUACUAAAAGAGGAAACCCCGGUUCAGCCAGUAUUAUCUUCUGUUCAAACAACAGAAGUGUCUGCUGGUGUUAAGUUCCAGGUUGGUGAUCUUGUCUGGUCUAAGGUGGGAACCUAUCCUUGGUGGCCUUGUAUGGUUUCAAGCGAUCCCCAGCUCGAGGUUCAUACGAAAAUUAACACAAGAGGUGCCCGGGAAUAUCACGUCCAGUUUUUUAGCAACCAGCCAGAGAGGGCAUGGGUUCAUGAAAAGCGCGUACGAGAGUACAAAGGUCAUGAACAGUAUGAAGAAUUACUGGCCGAGGCGACCAAGCAAGCCAGCAAUCACUCUGAGAAACAAAAGAUCCGGAAACCCCGACCUCAGAGAGAACGUGCUCAAUGGGAUAUUGGCAUUGCCCAUGCAGAGAAAGCAUUGAAAAUGACUCGCGAGGAAAGAAUAGAACAGUACACUUUUAUCUAUAUCGAUAAACAGCCUGAGGAGGCUUUAUCCCAAGCUAAAAAGAAUGUUGCCUCUAAAGCCGAAGUUAAAAAAACCCGAAGACCAAGAUCAGUGCUGAAUACUCCGCCAGAACAGACCAAUGUGGGUGAGGUGGCCUCCUCGCUGUCGAGUACUGAAAUUCGGAGGCACAGCCAGAGGCGGCAGACUAAUGUGGAAGAGGAAGAACCACCUCCUGUUAAAAUAGCCUGGAAAACGGCAGCAGCAAGGAAAUCCUUACCAGCUUCCAUCACAAUGCACAAAGGGAGCCUGGAUUUGCAGAAGUGUAACAUGUCUCCAGUUGUGAAAAUUGAACAAGUGUUUGCUCUUCAGAACGCUGCAGGAGACGGGAAGUUUAUUGAUCAAUUUGUUUAUUCAACGAAGGGAAUUGGUAACAAAACGGAAAUAAGUGUCAGGGGACAAGACAGACAUAUAAUUUCUACACCAAACCAGAGAAAUGAAAAGGCAACUCAGAACAUUUCAUCUUCUGAAGCAACAUCUGGUCUUACAGGCUCAGUAGAAAAGAAGCAACAGAGAAGAUCAAUUAGAACUCGUUCUGAAUCAGAGAAAUCCACUGAGGUUGUGCCAAAGAAGAAGAUCAAAAAGGAGCAGGUUGAAGCAGUUCCUCAGGCUACAGUGAAGACUGGAUUACAGAAAGGUGCCAGCGAGAUUUCAGAUUCCUGUAAACCUCUAAAGAAAAGGAGUCGCGCCUCAACUGACAUAGAAAUGACUGGCUCCACAUACAGAGACGCAUCUGACUCCGAUUCUAGAGGACUGAGUGACCUGCAGGUGGGCUUUGGAAAGCAAGUAGACAGCCCUUCUGCUGCUGCAGAUGCAGACAUUUCUGAUGUGCAGUCUGUGGACUCAAGUUUGUCAAGAAGAGGCAUUGGAAUGAGCAAGAAGGACACUGUGUGUCAGAUCUGUGAAAGUUCCGGGGACUCUCUGAUUCCUUGUGAGGGAGAAUGCUGCAGACAGUUUCACCUGGAGUGCCUGGGGUUGACCUCAGCCCCCGAUGGAAAGUUCAUCUGCAUGGAAUGUAGAACCGGUCAGCACCCAUGUUUUUCAUGUAAGGUGUCUGGUAUGGAUGUGAAACGUUGCUCUGUUGGUGCUUGUGGGAAAUUUUAUCAUGAAGCCUGUGUCCGCAAAUUCGCCACUGCCAUCUUUGAAUCAAAAGGAUUCCGCUGUCCCCAGCACUGCUGCUCUGCCUGCUCCAUGGAGAAGGAUAUCCACAAAGCAAGUAAAGGUCGCAUGGUGAGAUGCUUGCGGUGUCCCCUAGCCUAUCACGCUGGAGAUGCCUGUAUUGCUGCCGGGAGCAUAUUUGUGUCCUCCUAUAUCCUCAUCUGCAGUAAUCAUUCCAAACGGAGCAGCAGUUCUUCCUCUGCUGUAAAUGUAGGCUUUUGUUUCGUUUGUGCCAGAGGGCUGAUAGUUCAGGACCAUUCAGACCCCAUGUUCAGUUCAUAUGCCUAUAAGUCCCACUACCUACUGAAUGAAUCAAAUCGUGCAGAGUUGAUGAAAUUACCUAUGAUUCCUUCUUCGUCAGCUUCCAAAAAGAAAUGUGAGAAAGGUGGAAGACUGCUCUGCUGUGAAUCGUGCCCAGCUUCCUUCCACCCAGAAUGCCUGAGCAUAGAAAUGCCAGAAGGCUGCUGGAACUGUAAUGACUGUAAAGCUGGCAAGAAACUACAUUACAAGCAGAUUGUUUGGGUCAAGUUGGGCAAUUACAGAUGGUGGCCCGCCGAGAUCUGCAACCCCAGGUCUGUGCCCCUGAACAUCCAGGGCCUCAGGCACGACCUGGGGGACUUCCCCGUGUUCUUCUUUGGUUCUCACGACUACUACUGGGUGCGCCAGGGCAGAGCGUUCCCUUAUGUGGAGGGGGACAAAAGCUUUGCAGAGGGACAAACCAGUAUUAACAAGACCUUCAAAAAAGCACUGGAAGAAGCUGCAAAACGUUUCCAGGAGUUAAAAGCACAAAGAGAAAGUAAAGAAGCACUAGAGGUUGAAAAAAACUCAAGAAAACCCCCUCCUUACAAACACAUCAAAGCUAACAAAGUCAUCGGGAAGGUCCAGAUCCAGGUUGCAGACUUGUCCGAAAUCCCCCGCUGCAACUGCAAGCCCGCGGACGAGAACCCGUGUGGCCUGGAGUCAGAGUGCCUGAACAGGGUGCUGCAGUACGAGUGCCACCCACAGGUGUGCCCGGCCGGGGAGCGCUGCCAGAACCAGUGCUUCACCAAGAGGCUGUACCCGGACGCGGAGGUCAUCAGGACGGAGCGCAGAGGCUGGGGUCUCAGGACCAAACGGAGCAUUAAGAAGGGUGAAUUUGUAAAUGAAUAUGUUGGUGAAUUAAUUGAUGAAGAAGAAUGCAGAUUGCGAAUCAAGCGAGCCCACGAGAACAGUGUAACUAAUUUUUAUAUGUUAACUGUUACCAAGGACCGUAUCAUCGAUGCUGGCCCCAAAGGCAAUUACUCACGCUUUAUGAACCACAGUUGUGACCCCAACUGUGAGACGCAGAAAUGGACAGUGAACGGGGACGUCCGUGUUGGGCUUUUUGCGCUCUGUGACAUUCCUGCAGGGAUGGAGUUAACAUUUAACUAUAACCUGGACUGUCUGGGCAAUGGCAGAACGGAGUGCCACUGUGGGGCAGAUAACUGCAGCGGCUUUCUGGGAGUGCGGCCCAAGUCAACAUGUGUGUCAACAACUGAAGAAAAAGCAAAAAAUGCUAAGUUAAAGCAGAAGAGACGAAAAAUCAAAACAGAACCAAAGCAGAUGCAUGAAGAUUACUGUUUUCAGUGUGGAGAUGGUGGAGAACUGGUCAUGUGUGACAGAAAGGAGUGUCCCAAAGCAUACCACCUGCUAUGCCUUAACCUGACGCAGCCACCAUAUGGACGGUGGGAAUGCCCGUGGCAUCAGUGCAGCGCCUGCGGCAGUGCGGCCGUCUCCUUCUGCGAGUUCUGCCCGCACUCCUUCUGUAAGGAUCACGGAAAGGGGGCUCUGGCUCCCUCCGCCCUGGAAGGUCGUCUCUGCUGCUCCGAACAUGACCCCGUGUCUCCGGUGUCGUCAGAUUACUGGAGCAAGAUCAAAUGUAAAUUGGAAUUGCAAGAUCAUGGAGAAGAAGCAAAAGAAUAAAUGGGUGGUGGUUUUCUUUUUUACCCCUUUUUUUAAUGAAAAAAAUAAAAGAGUGAGUAGCCGCCGCACUGGUGGAAGAGGAGCCCGCUGCAGGGCGCCCGGCCUCUCCCGUCGGCGCCCCCGGCUUGGGGCGGGGCGGGCGGGAGCCCUGCGCAGGCGGACACGCUCCGAGGCGUCCCGUCUUCCUGUGCUGUUUUGUUGGUUUGGGGGUUCUCUCGUGGGGCCUCGAUCCCCUCGGUCUUCUCUUGCCUUUUAUUGUGCUUCAAUGCCUUCGCAACUGGAAAAAGAGAUGUCUUCACUUUUAACAUAAGAAAGAAAAAAUUUUGUUAGUGAAAUGAAUUUAAGUCCAAGAUGUGUUCCUUGGGUGUAAAAAGCAGAAGUAAACAUCAUUUCCUUAUUUAUUUUCCUUUUUUAGAAUUUUGAGAAAUGUAGUUCAGACAGUCUAAUAAGUGUGCGUGUGUCCUGACUAGGAACUGGGGACAGCACAGCCUCUGGCAGGGGGUCCAGUGACCCUCACGCGCUCCCGCGCUGAGCAGCCUGCAGCACUUGCUCCGCUCUCUGCGGGGCUGUCCCCCCGGGGGCUGAACCCGCCCCGUAAAGAGAACGCCUCACUGGAGGCCACCUCUGCGGUCUUACACUGUGGGCUUUAUACGCUGUGACAGCUUUACCUGGAAGGGUGUAUAAUGUGGUUUUGGUUUUUCAUUUUGGAGGAAAAACAGAAGUGGAUGAAUUGAGUCUGAAUUGUUCUCCGUUGCCAGAGGGUUUCUUUGAUAACGUGUAUGUGUGUGGAUGUGAAUGCACAGUGGCCAUUCCUGUUAUCUUGACGCACAGAUCCAGGCAGCUUUCUUCUUCCAGGAGAAGAAAGGCACAAACCAAAAGCUGGAUCAGAAAAGCGCCAUUUUCUGUCCAAUUUAAUGUAGACUCUGGUCUGAUUUGGGAAGAUUUAUGGGCAUUUUAUUUUCUGUCUCGGCUUCCUUUGGUCAUGUGACCACUCAGUCAUGUGUCGUGGUGAAAACCACACAAAGGAAUUUGAGUUGUAUUUGAACAGAUCUUUUUGGUUUAGUUCCUAAUUUGGAGGUGAAAGGGGCAGGAGCAUCCCCAAAUUAUAUGUAAAUAAUUUCUAUGUAGUAUUAUCCAGUGUUUAAAAUUGCCCCAGUGAAGACGGAAAAGCACUUACAUACAGGGUAUAUAAGGGCCACACACACGUCAUCGCAGGAAGCUCUUAGGGACAGCUCCUGAGGAAGCAGUGUUAGCGGAAGCAGUCAGCGUGGGUGCGCAGGCCUCACAGACGCCAGGGGACCGAGAUGUCUGCCCACAGAACUCACUUGCUUUUAAUGCUUAGGAAUAUGUAUAUUGCAGUAUUCCUUGUAUGAAAUAAUUAGUAAUGUCAGACGUUGUUGUAACACUGUCCUAACGUAGAAGUCUAGGGUUAGCUUGAAUGAACAUGAACUCUCUCUGUGAAUUCUGACUGCUUACAAUUGCUGGUACCUGCAGCAUUUAUUUUCCUUCAAGAAGCGCCUAGUAACCUUUUGAAGGUAGGAGGAUAGAUGCUCGACCACAUUCCUUCAGUUGUGUUACAGUGUUCCUUCUUAUCAAUUUGGAGCUCUUCUCUUGAGAAAAGAAGGAAAAAAACUGUUUUGUGCCUCUUUUUUUUUUGUAUGUAAAUGUGCAAUUAUACUGGAUUUUCUCUUGUAAAAAAACAAAACAAAACAAAACAAAAACACUACAAUUCCUUUUCUUAAGCUCCUAAACUGCCAUUUGUCUGAUUCCAGCCAUUAAUUCUGAGGUAACUCAUUGGGCUUCCAGUAAUUCUGGUGAUUAGAUAUCCCCAAAGAGCAAAAUGGGAAAUACUAUACACGUUACCAAACAUAAUUGCUACAAGUAACAUGAAUUACAGCUCGCCAAACACUAAACUUUGCUCUUGAACAAUUAUAUAGUUCGAUGUUCUUUUAAAAAAUAAUUUAAGAAAAUCUAGGUUUUAUCAUACUGAAACUUUAUUUUAUAUAUGUUUAUGAUAAAUGUUUGCUUUUUUAAACUUACUACCGUGAAGAAUUUCCUUUAAUAUUUGAAAUGCACCUCUUACUGAAACAGUAUCCACCAUGAAGUCUCACCUCGUUGCUUUGUGAGGACUCAGUGCUGUUCACUAUCUGAUGACUUCUCUGUGGUAAGCCAGGGUCUAUCCUAUAUACUGCAGAUACCUUAGGUUUAAGUGUUUUUAUGCAGCUGCUUCAUCGUGUCACGUUUUGUUUGUAUCUCUGUAACAGAUUAAAUCUUUUUUAUUUUGGGGGGUGGGGUGACUGACAGGACCGUUCUGCCAUUUCAGGAUUCAGGGUAGCAAACAAAAUAGCCAAGCACAGCCCGGGGUCUUGUCUGUGACCGUUCUUCAGUGGCCUCAGAGGUGGUGGUUGUGAUGCUAGUGCCCGGGGCUGCGCACACCUCCAGGGUCACCGCCAAACCUCCUCGUGCGCUCUGCGGCCGUCGGUUGUGGGAGCGGAAAGCCGGGAGUGCUUCCCGGGCUCGCAGUCCGUGCCCGGCCAGGCUGGCCUGUGGUGUGGACUGAGGUUGUCUUGUUAACUUUUCAGUCCACGUGUGGUCAAAGCAUAAAGUGGUUGGUUUUUAUUCUUGUCCAAAAGUGAAAGCAGCAGGGAAAAAGGGUGGCAUUUUUAAAAAUCAUCAUGUUAGUUCUCUGGAGGAAGAAGUGAAUGUAAGAUUUUUGAUGAUCAGCAUAAAGCUUCAGAAACAACUAAGAUGUUCAGACGGGUAACAACUACAGAUGAAACCCUGGGAAACCGUCCAGGCUCUGGGCGGAGCAGGGAGGCUGUAGCGCGUGGCCCUGCGUUCCUGGAAGGCUGAAGCCGCUGGAGGAAGUGAUUCACUUCGUUAACAUCUAUCUAAUCAGGGCCUGAGUUAGGAGUGAGGUGGGGUGGGGGUUUUUUUGGUGGGUUUUUUAAUUUUUUUUCAUUUUUCUAAUACGUUUCCACUUUCAAUUCUCAAAAAUUAUCUGCUGUAUGCUAUAGAUUUGGCUGACUUGUGGAAUCAUUGAAACUUGGAAAGUUCUGUGUGUUCAAGUCAGAAACAUACCUAAAAACUAAAAAAAAAAAAAAAGUGAGUGGGGAGGAGAGUGCACCUGAUUCCUGUCAGCCAUUUCCACCUAAAGUUUGGAAAUGCCCGUAAAUGACCUUGAGAAAUUCUGAGAUGAUCAUGGAAAGGGCUCUCAGGCAGGGCAGGCUGUUUGACAACCUGGUUCGGUUACAUGCUAUGUGACCGGGGAUCUGCAGUUUGGAAACAGAUUGCUAAGCCAGCUACAUGGAAUAUAAUUUCUGCACCCCCAGGGUCUGUCACUUGCCCUCAUUUCAUUGUUAAAUACAAAGCUCUUCCUUUGGCAUUCACCGGAUGGCAAGAUGCUGCCGCGUGCGAUCAGAAAACGAGUGAGUCCUCAGCACGUGGGAAGCUGCCCUUUGACGUACUUGUACAUGAGGUACGAUGACCGGGAAGCUGCUUCAUUGCUGGGCAGUGCAAAGUAGACUUGAGUUACUUCUUGUGAGGCUGCUGAAUAUAGCUGCGCCGGCCAUUCAGGUUGCUGCAGAUGUGAAGUGGACACUUGGAACAAUCUCCUUUGGCCAAGGGCCACCCGGAAUUAUCUCUAGUUAUUUGUAAACAAGAAGUAGAACAUGCUUCCAUUCUUAGAUAGGCUAAGGGGUAGAUAAACUUGGACAGCUUUGCUAUGCAUUAGCAAAUAUUGGGAAGUUGGAAAUGUGUAUAUAUUAAAAUUAUCAACUUCUGUCUGGGCUGGGGUACAGGGAGACGAGGGGGUGACCAUAGGGUAAGGGUCGGUGGGGAGGAUGGCAAUGUUUACCAGGUACGAAGUCGUCACUUUAACACUGAGACCUCUGCCUCAUUCAAUUCAGGUUUUUUAAGUACUUGAAACUCUUCAGAUUCUCCUCAUUUUACAGUUAUUUUUAAACUUGAUGAAGUAGAAGCAUUGUUUUGUAUACUGUCUCGAAAAUGAAUAGCCAAGUCUCUUAUCCUCCUUAACUUGGAUUAAAGGCGAAGUCCUGCAAAUGGGAGAGGAGAGCCCAUUCACAGCAGGUAUUUCAGAUGCAGCGUAUGCAUUCGAGAAAGAGACUCCUGCAUGAAAUACCAGCAGCGCUUUUGCAAAUACUCCCCAUGUGUGUGCUUUAUUUUGUCUUUCUGUCUACCCUAUCCCCGAGCACUUCUUCCUUUCAACAUACAUGCCCUAGUAGAGAAAAAAACAAUUUGCACUGACGUUACACUCCUGCAACGCUGGGUGUGACCUGUGUGUGGUUACAAAAACCAUUUCCGUUCUUUUGCUGUCAGUCCAUUGCCUACGUGACAAGCUCAGGCGUGUGUAGCACACCUGUACCAAGGGGAGGAGGAGGAGUAUCACCUGUCCUUUUACAGCCUCUCAAAGUCAUUACCAUGUAAGAGAAAAGGACAAGAUGAAUAGUUGCCAAAGUCAUUUAUUCAGCCCUUAAUUUCCUUCUGUGAUGUUAUUGCAGCUGCUAAUUGGUGAUAACGCCCCCUCACAUCCCAUAUCCCUUCCCUCCCUGCCAUAGUCUGACAGUGUGAAUGGCGCUCCAUCUCCAUUCUAUCACCCAGAUAAGGUGUUUAUAAGGGAUUCUUGUCAGUUUAGAAGUGGACUGGAGAAAAUUUACUUUUACCUUGUCACUAAUACUGCUCUUUAUCUUGUUUGUGCUGUCACAUACCCUUUGUUAAAAAAGAAAUCAUAUUGCCACCAGUAACCAAGAUGCUGAAUGAGGAUUACAACUGGCUAAUAAGAUUCUUUUUAUAUUCAAGGGUGUGCGCAUAACGGAUCGAUAGGAGAAAUUCAUUUGUAUCCACUUGUGAUAUUGCACAACAGAUACCUAUAUAUUAUGUUCUCAUUUCCUUGUGAUCUUUAUGAUGACCUUUGUAGAUUGGUUAUUUCUGUACUUUAUCUGUAAUAAACUUUGUAGAUCUGUGAAAUGUUAUUUUGCCUAAAUCACUUGAGACUUGAGUCUUUAAUAACAAAGCAUCGAUAUUUACUAAAGUCAAUCUCUUUUGAGUUCUGUGACUUGACUAGAAGCUCUUGACACUAAGGGAUUAGUGUUAAUUUUCCCUGGGAGUGUUCCACUAGGGCAUUAACUUGAUGUUACCACAUAGACUUCAAGAUACAUGGUAUUUUGGGGGUUUGUUGAUUGGCCUAUGUUUUAUUGCAUAGUGUGAAAUGUGUAAAGCUUGGUUAACCUGUAUAUAGAUAGCUUAUUGUUGACUAGUUAUAGUGUAUUUAGGAUUGCCUGUAAUAUUUAAGCUUCUCACUGUGUGUGCUGGUAGGAACAUAUAAUUUUUGUAUAUUAUAUCUACUGAGAUGUUGCCUUUUUUAAUUUUACAAAUACUUUGGAAUUCAAACGUGUUUUUGCUCCCAUGAGGAUUAAUUUGGAAAGGUUCUUAAUGACAUUCCACUGAUUUCAGAUUUUGCUUGAGAUUGACUUCAAUAAAUUACCCUGUAUGUUCCAAAUUAAAUAUGUGGACCUGUU